CGAGUCAAUAUUACCGAUCAAUAUUAGUCACUUGCUGCUCUCACUUCUACCUACAGCCUCAGAUCUGUCUCUUUUCCGUCAUCUGUUCCUACCACCUCCUUCCAUCUUCUCGUCUUCAGUUCUUGUUAUUUGGUUCUUCCUUCAGUUCCUUGCUUGUUGGUUUUAUUAUUUUGAUGGCCUUGAGCACCGAAAGAGCAUCUGGAUCUCGUCCUUCAUCAUCAGCUGAGUCAUCUGCUCCUCCGGGGAUGUAUGAUGUUUUUCUGAGUUUCAGGGGUGUAGACACUCGCAGGACUAUUGCCUCCUCUAUCAAUCAUGAAUUGCAAAAAAGAGACAUUAAAACGUUCAUGGAUGAUACAGGGCUUGAAACAGGGAAGCAGAUUUCUCCUAGUCUGCUAAUAGCAAUCAAAGAAUCCUGGUCAGCGAUCGUUGUCCUAUCACCAAACUAUGCUUCUUCAUCAUGGUGUUUGCAUGAACUAGCGAUGAUUAUUGAAUGCAUGGAAGACAAGAACAUGAUAGUUCUCCCAAUUUUUUACGGCGUGGAUCCCUCUGAUGUGAGACAUCAGAAAACGAGUUUUGGAGAAGCAUUAACUAGCCACGAAGAAAGGUUCGGGGUAGAGGCUGUGAAUCGGUGGAGAGCUGCUUUAACAAAAGUUGCCAAUCUCUCUGGGUUGGAAUCAAAAAAAUAUGGGUCUGAUCAAGAACUUGUUGAAAACAUUGUGGAAACUGUGUGCAGUAAAGUGCGACCUAUUAAUAUAGAGUGGGCAAUGUGCACCGGAGAUUUUGUUGCAUUUGAAGCAACAAAACGAGCCAUGGACAAGAUAAUGAGAGCACUUCAACAUGAUGAGGUCACGACCAUUGGAGUCUUCGGAAUGGGAGGCGUUGGCAAGACAAGCAUGGUGAAUCAUGUCGGUGCACAGGCCCGGAAAAUUGGGCUUUUUAAUCGUGUGAUUAUGGCUGUUGUAUCCCAAACACCCAACUUGAGAAAUAUUCAAGGCACACUGGCCGAUCUGCUGGGCUUAAAAUUGCAGGAGGAGACUAAUGUUGGAAGAGCCACUAGAAUAGUGGCGGAGAUAUUGAGAGGAUAUAAGAUCCUGAUAAUCUUGGACGACAUUUGGGAGAGAAUGGAAUUGUCUAGUAUCGGAAUACCGAACCAUACAGAGCUUCAAAAGCGUGGUUCCAAAAUCAUCUUCACCACUAGGAGAUUGAAUGUUUGCCAUACCAUGGAGAACCAAGCAAGCGUUCCUCUCCGAGUUUUGUCAGAAGAUGAUGCUUGGGACCUGUUUGUGAAGAAAGCAAGAAAGUCUUUUGAUGAGUCACCCAACUUUUAUGAUGUAGCGAGGACGGUAGCUAAAGAAUGUGCUGGUCUCCCAGUUGCAUUGGUAGCAGUUGCAAGGGCACUUGGAGAUAAAGACUUAUAUGAUUGGAGAGAAGCAGCUCGACGACUAAAGGCUGCUCAACCUGCUAACUAUGAAGAUGAGAGAGAGGUGUUCAGAUGUAUAAAGUUAAGCUAUGAUUACUUGAAACCUGAUGAUGACAACAUUGCCAAGUCAUUCUUCUUGCUUUGCUGUCUAUUCCCUGAAGAUUUUGAUAUCGAGGUCGAAGACUUGUUGAUGUAUGCGAUCGGGAAAGGAAUAUUUCACGAUGCCCACACAAUACAAGAAGCCAGAGCCAAAGCCCAUUCGGUGGUCAAUUACCUGAAAGCUUCUAGCUUGCUUUUGGACGGUGCAUACCCCGGAUUCGUGAAGAUGCAUGAUGUCAUUCGAGAUGUGGCCAUAUCAAUUUCAUUAUUGGAAGAUGGCCCACGGUUUUUGGUUAAAGCUGGUUGUGAAUUAAGGGAUUGGCCAGCGAUUAACAUUGCUCAUGAAGGCUACUCUGCAAUCUCGCUAAUGAGGAAUGAAAUUCACGAGCUUCCCAAAACGUUGGUAUGUUCAAAACUCCAGAUUUUAUUACUACAGAGCAAUAGUAUAAAUGAGAUUCCAAACCCUUUCUUUCAAAGUCCCAAUGAAUUGAGGGUCUUAGAUCUUAGCGAGACUAGCAUUUCGUGUCUACCCUCAUCAUCAAGUCUUCUAACCAACCUCCUGGCUUUGUAUUUAGAUGAAUGCAAGAGAAUAGUUGAUAUAUCCAUACUAGGAAAACUGAAGAACCUUCAGAUUCUUAGUAUGAAGAACCUUCAGAUUCUUAGUAUGAAGAACCUUGACAUUAUUAAUACGGGAGGAACUCGUCAAAAAGCGUUGCCGAAAGAAAUAGGACGCUUAACCAAGCUUAAGUUGUUGGAUGUUACGGAUUCAUGUUUUGAAACAGUUCCAUCUGCAGUGAUAUCAAACUUGAAUGGAUUAGAAGAAUUGUACAUGAAAUGUGACUUUUGUGACUGGGGCAGUAUAAUAGUUGAGGACAGUAGUUUAUUUUCUUCUGUUUUUGGCCCUGCCAAGAAUGCUAGCUUUGAUGAGUUAACAGGCUUAUCACGCUUAAACAGUUUGAAAGUUCACAUAUCUGAUGUAAAAUGCUUGCCCCGAAAAGUUAGAUUCGAUCCCAAUUGGGUCAACUUUGAUAUAUGUAUCAGCAGAAAAGAAUUUAUGAGACAGUCCUAUUACGGACGCUUUUUCGAGAGGAAACUAACUGUCAAGUCGGAUCCACGCCAACAUCUCUUUCGGUAUGUGACUCUAAACACAAGCACGGAGAGUUUACCAGAUUGGUUUAUCGAGGUGGUGACAGAGAAAGCAGAGAUACUGGAGUACAUAGGGUACAGUGGCUUAGACGACAUUCUUGUGGAAUACGACCAUGGCAGAUUACAUGUGCUGAAGUGUCUUGCUGUAAUUGAGUGCCAUAUGUAUGGAGAGUUGAUGAAGUCAGGAAGAAGGGUUCUAAAUAAACCUGUGUUUGAGAGCUUGGAAGAGUUGUAUCUAGAAGGGGUCCGUGGCCUGCGGUGGUUAUGUGUUGCUGAGUUACCACCUGGGUCUCUGUGCAAUCUAAAGUUGUUAAAUGUGAGAAAUUGCCUGGCAUUGGAGGGUGCACUUUUAAGGUCAAAUUUGUUGCAAAGGCUACAAAAUCUGGAAAUACUACAUUGUGAGAACACGGAGGAAUCGAGAGAAACCAAAUUGGAAUCUGUGUUUGAUUUUGGAGGGAUAGUAGAUGCUGACUUACCAAAGUUUUUUUUGUUACCAAAGUUGAGAGAGAUAACAUUAUGUCAUCUUAUGAACCUAAGAAGCAUAUGCAUUGAUUAUCCCUUUGGAUUCUUCAGUAAUCUUAACAUUUUGGCAAUUCGUGGCUGCCACCAACUGAGAUAUCUGUUCGAGUACAAUGUAGCUCUAUCUCUUUUCCAAUUGGAACUCCUUUGGGUGGAGGAGUGCUCUAAUUUGAGGACAGUUAUUGAACGAAGCGGCGGGGAAAUAUAUUUAAGAGAAAAAUUCAGUCACCGUCCCCAAACUAUGCUGCCAAGGUCAAUUUGAUACCCAAACUCUCAAAAGUAUCAAUGUGAUACCCAAAGACCUAUUUUGAUAUCAACGUGAUACUUCCGUCCAAAAUUCCUAACGGCUCUGUCUGUUUGCUGAUGUGGUAAGGGUAAAAUUGUCUUUCUCAACUAAUUAAUUAUAAAAAAAAAAAAUUUAAAAAGAAAAAACAUUAAAAAAGAAAAAAAUGAGAUCGAGCUCUGUCUCUCUCUCUUCCUUUGCCAAUCUGAUCCUCUCUCCUUUCUAUCACAAUUGGUUAUUUUUCUGGAAAUGGAUUUGUGGGUUUACAAAGAGCAGCCGAAAUGGAGAAUUUUUUUUUUAAUCGAAAGCGUUUGUGGCUUAUGAAGAACAGUCGGAGCAGCGGGGAUCGUCGCCGGUGUCGGCGACAAGGAGGAGGCUCUGAUGUCCUGCGCAACCAACUGGGAGACCGGUUCGCAACUCCAUCUCCACUUCCGUCGUCGUCCCCACCAAGCUCAGCCACCUCUUCUCCUCCUUAUCCUCCUCCACCACUCCCACCAGUAAGCCCCGCCAUAGCUGCAGCUUCCCAACCCCAAACGGUGCCGUGACGCCGCGCCAUCGGCUGCCGCAGCUCGACCUGGAGCUUCUCUCCCUCAAGAGCUCCGAGUCCUACACCUCCCUCAAGGACCUCCUCCCCUCCUCCUCAAUCCAUUUUCAAAGAUUUGUACUAUUUUUCUUUGUUAACAUUGAAGAGAAGCAGCCUUGAUGGUGGCGGUGGCCGUGCGUUCAUCGACGGCUUGGGUAAAGAUUAGAUUUUUUUUUUUUUUUGUGGUAAAUUAUGGGUGUGUGAUAUUGAGGAUGGUUGAUGUUAUGGUUAUUGGGUUUGUGAUUGUGAUUGGGUGUGUUCACAUUGAAGAGAAGCAGAACGGCGAGCUUGUGGAGGGAGGACCAGCCGCUGGGAGGCUCGGAGAAGGCGGCAGAGACAAGAUCGGAGACAAGGUAGAGAAGAUCGUUCUCUGGAACAUGGAGAGUGCUUGGAGCCUUGGACGCAAAAAGAAGAGCUUGAUCGUUAAAAGUGGAGGAACAAAUGCAAGAGGAAGGAAAAGAGAGACUAAAAAUAACAUAAAAGCAUGACAGGAAGGUGAUACACCAGACAAGGAAAAGAGGGAGAGUGUGCAAGCAUGCGAAAAAGAAAUUGUAAACAAAGAAAAAGGGAAGAUGUGGCAGACAAUGGGGAAGAUGUGGGGAGAAGAAAAAGGAGGGAAUAACUAUAAAAAAAAAACAAGAAAGAUGAUCAAAUUGAUAAAAAGAGAUGAUGAGUAGUUCGGCAUUGACAAAAGUCAGAGACUUAAACAAAGCAAAAAGCAAAAAGCAAGAGCAAGAGAGGAACAUCAUAGUCUGGACAAUGAGAAGAGAGAGAGAGAGAGUUGGCAAGCAUGGGAAGAAGAUUGAUGUUGGAGAGAAGAUAGUUGUCUGAUGCCGAGAGAAGCAGAUUAUAGAAAGUGAGUUUGGCAUUUAAUAUCUCAAAGGAUGAGGAAAUGAGGAGGAGAAGAAGUUUUUAAAGAAGCACAUGAACAUGGGAGCUUGGUUGACCGGUUUGUUGGUUGGGCGCUGCCAUUGCUUAGCAAUUUCACCGUGAUUAGAUUGAUCGAGCUAUCGAAUUGUAUUGGCUUGUAUUGUACUAUUGAUGAUUAAAAUCAUUAAAUUGGGGUGGGUGGCUGGUGGCUGAUGACGAUUUCAGGUAAGUAAGGAAAUGUGGUGGCGGAGCUUGCGGCGGAAGUUGCGGCGGUUUGGCUAGAGGAAAAUCCCAGAAGAAGAAGAAGAAGAGAAAGAACAAAAAGAAAUGAAAAGAAGAAGAAGAAGAAGAGAAAGAAGAAAAAGAAAUGAAAAGGAAAAAAAUGAAUUAAAAAAGGGUAAAUUGGUCAUUUUACAUUUUUUUUGGGGCCCACGUACUUGCCACGUCAGCAAACAGACGGUCCCGUUAGGAAUUUUUAACGGAAGUAUCACGUUGAUGUCAAAAUACAUGUUUGGGUAUCACACUGAUACUUUUGAGAGUUCGGGUAUCAAAUUGAUCUUGGCAGCAUAGUUUGGGGACGGUGACUAAAUUUUUCUCUAUAUUUAAAUAGUCUUCCACGUCUCAGAGGGAUCCACAGACCCGAGAUCAAUUUUCCAAAAUUGAAGGAAAUAUAUUUAAAUAGUCUUCCACGUCUCAGAGGGAUCCACAGAAAAGGGGGGGUCGUGUGCCCUUCAUUGGAACACUUGUACGUGUACAGUUGCCCCAGACUUUCAAACCUUGCUGCUUCUGACUUCCAAAGCAAGAACCACGUCCAAACCAAUAAUGAAGGACAUUUUGCGAUUAUAUUUGAAAGAUUGUUCCACCGCCAAUUCAAUCCAGAAGAGUUUCCUCAGUUCUUCUCCAAAAAAGAAAGAGAUUUCUCAAUUGGCUCUUAAAUGUAAUGUGUAGUAUACAUUGUGUAGAUUGUCAUAUGCACAGACAAUUUCUA